AUGUCGGGCAGGUCAGUGCGAGCCGAGACCCGGAGCAGGGCCAAGGAUGACAUCAAGAGGGUUAUGGCAGCUAUCGAGAAAGUACGAAAAUGGGAAAAGAAAUGGGUGACAGUAGGAGACACAUCACUUCGCAUCUACAAGUGGGUACCAGUGACGGAGCCCAAAUCAGACGAUAAAAAUAAAAAUAAGAAAAAAGGUAAAGAUGAAAAGUAUGGCUCAGAGUUGACAACUCCAGAGAACAGCUCAUCUCCUGGCAUGAUGGACAUGCAUGAUGAUAACAGCAACCAGAGCUCGAUUGCUGACUCAUCCCCAGUGAAGCAGGAAAACAGUUGUAGCACCAGCCCUGCCCCUGAGUCCAACAGCAUGUCUCAUCGAGACAACGGGGACAUUAAAAAUGACCAGAACCCAGACAAGAGGGGUAAGACCAACUCAGACACUUCAGACAGAGCACAGAGUGUGAAGAGAGACAGUUUGUCUUUAGGAGGAAAAGACUCCUCCGACAGCAAAGCCACUCAGGACCUAGAUGACGAGAACCCACCCAGCAAGAAAACCAAGCUGGAUUCCUCAUCCCUAAACUAUGAAGAUAGUUAA